AUGCCCGGCAGCGCAGCCCCACUCAUCCAAUCGUGUAUCGAUCGCGGGGAGCUGGAUCGCGCCGCAAGGAUCUAUUGCGAGGCGUCGCGAUCGCCGGCGGAGCGCGAGCCGUACUGCGGGAACUUGAUUCUCGCGGCAUUCGCCCGGCUAGGGCAUUCGCGCGACGCCAAGGCACUGUUUGAUCGCAUGGGCGACAGGGACAUUGUGUCCUGGACCACAAUGUUGCGCGCCUACGCCACCGCCGGCGAUCUAGAGGAAUCGCGAGCCAUCUUCGCCGCGAUGCCGUGCUGGGACGUGAUCGCCAUGAAUUCGCUGCUGGAUGCGUAUGCCCGGGUGGGGCACCUCGAUUUUCUGCUGGAGCUCUUCCAUUCCAUGCCGGAGUGGAGCCGAUCGUCGCUGACGAGCGCCAUCGCCGCCCACGGCCGGCGCGGGAAUGUGAAAGAGUGCCUUAGCCUUUUCCGCGACAUGGAUGAGCACGACCUCGUCGCCGCCAACGCCGUCUUGACGGCCUUCUCGCGUAACGGCGAUUUUGAUUCCGCCAAGGCACUGUUUGAUUCCCUGCCGUGCGCGAGCAUCGUGACAUGGAACGCCAUGCUGUGUGCCCACGUCACUGCCGGCCACUUGGAGGCAGCCACGUGUAUGUUCGAGUCCAUGCCGGCCAGGGACCCCGUGACGUGGACAGCCCUAAUCUCGGCAUUUGCCGCGGCCGGGGAUUUGGGCGCGGCGAAAGCCCUGUUCGAUUCCAUGCCCCAGCGGGACCUCGCGGCGUGCAAUCUGAUCAUCGCGGCGCUCGCGCAGCGCGGAUCCAUCGACGCCGCACGACGAAUCUUCGAUUCCAUGCCGGAAUGGGACGUGGUUUCGUGCACGGCAAUGCUCGCGGCAUUCGCGCGCAACGGGCUGCUGGAAGACGCGAGGCACGUCUUCGGUUCCAUCCCUGCCGCCAACGUCGUGACGUGGACCGCCAUGCUGGCGGCGUAUGGACGGAACGGCCACCUGGAUACCGCCCAGUGCCUGUUCCGUGGCAUGCCCGUCGCGAGCACUGUGACGUGGAACGCCAUGCUGGCGACAUUCGCGCACGCGGGGCAGCUGAACCAGUUUGCCACGAUAGCGCCAAUGCCUGAUGUGGACGUGGUGACGUGGAACACCGUCCUCGCUCACACGGGCGACCUCCAAGACGCUGGGCGGAUAUUCGCCACAAUGCCCGAGAGGGAUUCCAGCUCGUGGAACGCAGUGCCUGUGAUGUAUGCUCAAAGAGGGCAUAUCGAAAAGACGCUGGAGCUUUACUGGGCGAUGCUACUCCAUGGCUUCCAGCCGACCGGAGCUUCCUUCCUGUGUGUUCUUCUCGGUUGUAGCCAUGCCGGCGACGUCGAUCGAGGCUUGAGCUACUUUCGAUCGAUGAGACUGGAUCACGGCUUUGAUGUUCGCAAGGAACACUUUAGCUGCAUGGUUGAUCUUCUGUCUAGAGCUGGACACUUUGUCGAAGCCAAAGAACUCGUCCAGACCAUGCCUUUUGUUCCAAAGAUCCAGGAUUUCACCUGUCUGAUCCGAGGUCCCAGCAGUGGCAGCACUGUCCACGAGAGCGAAAUGAUCGAGCUGGACGAGAGCAAUGGCGCACCUUAUGUUCUAACUCGCGAGAUCCUACAAAGUACGCGAAGAAACUUAUUGGAGCUGUGA